AUGUCCAUCCAUUUCCGAGGGCUGUCAACCGCGAAAGCGCCAGCGCAAGGACGCAUCCUCUUACAAGAUAAAAAGGAUGGCUUUGGCUUUGCGAGGUCCAAUACCCGGCCGGCCAAGCCCAGAAAUAAAGGAGUGACUGAGAUUCGCGGUCCGUACUAUUCGGCCCCAGGUUAUGGGAAAGCGGUACCUAGCCGAUGUUCUGGAAACGUAAAGCUUCACCUUCUUUUGCACACUCUUGUUCUAAGUAUCCAAAUAUGA